AUGAACGGCACUCCCCGACUUCGGUCUGCUUUUCCGCAGACGCCCCAGACGACUCAAAGAUUCAGAGAUCCUACAAGUACCCCAACAAGGUCUAAAGCACGGGAUAACGGAGGACUGAAGUCCCCGGCGAGAGUAUCACAGAAUGCGCGAAAUCCAAGCUCGCCUCUAGUUCCGGUUGAAGUGAUAGAUGCUCCGUCACAACGACUCUAUGUGGUGGCUUUCUAUUUUGUACUCAAUGCCUGGCGGGUGUAUGAGUCCUUGACGGCGUCAGAUGAUUUGGACUCUACCUGGCUUUUUCUGAAAUGGGCAUCUAUCGAUGGAAUCUUUCUUUUCGGUCUGCAGGCUUUGCGAAUACCCUGGCUUGAGUGGGCGUUCCCGACAACACUUGCGGUCUUUCUACUUCACGUAGUCGGCAACAUAUUUUUGAUGUUCCGUAUUCCGGUCCCAGUAGGCGCCUGGCUUUCAGGGAUGGUCAAACUGGCCUAUGACAGAGAAUUGUCAAUAUCUGAACGGAGCGUUAAGCCUGGAGAUAUAAUUCACAAUGCCUCUCUCAUUUUGGGCAAGCAAAUAGUCCAUAUUUUACCAGAAGGCUCUGCUACUUUGAAUCCUGCGAGGGAACCCCUUUGCAUAGACACCCAGAAAAAUCCUGUCAAUCUACCUAUACGUGUUAACCAAACCGAUCCGAUCUUGAUCGAAAUACUACGUGUUGAUCUUGACGGGGGUGCCAACGAAACCCUUUCGAUUCCGUCGAAACAGCUGAAACAGCUGAAACGUCAGGCCAACAAAAGACAUUCGGGCUCAGCCCUGGAACUCCACCGCGACCUAUUGUUCCCAAUCCGACGGAGUGGAAUCUAUCGUCUUCAGAGGGUAGUGGAUGAAUCAAAUCUUGAUGUCCAUGUGCGAUUGUCCGAUGCUCUCGUUGUUCCCUGUCCCCAAGCGUUGAUAAAACAUUCGCACACCCAUAAAUGCAAAGGUGACCUGUCCAAUUUGGUUUUGGAAGUCGAAGGGACACCACCACUCAAGGUCAAGUACAGUAGACAGGUGAAUCAUCUUGAUCGUGGCUUUUCUUUCCAAAACAUUCAACCAGAUAAUUUGCGCUCGCCUUUGUUGAGUCAGAAGAAUACAGGCGCUUUGUUCAGCUCUCGGCAACCGGACAUCACAUGGGCUCAGAGUCAAAAAAUUGAAGUUCCUUUGAACGAAUCUUUAAAUGUUGGUGGUGACUGGCUUUAUACAAUCGAGGAAGUUCACGAUGGCUGUGGAAACAUAGCGAACUAUUCAACAGUUUUGGAUGACAUGGAUCGACCGUCGCCCAAAUCCUUGUCACAAUGGCACCAGUUCUCUGUCCAUGAGCGCCCUCGGCUGUCCAUGCACGGCUGCAAUGAUCAGAAUUUCCUCGAGGUUGCACGAGGUCAGAAUGUGGAAUUACCGGUUAAAUUCCACCCUGUGGGACACGGCUAUAAUAAAGAUGGGCCUUUCUCUCUUACUUACGCCUUUAGCAGUGAUGACCAGGAGGAUGAUGGCGAGAAUAAGAAUGAUCUCUCUAAAAUUCGACAAUUGUCCCUUAGAACUCUUGAGCAAAAGCCUCAGAUCAAGGAACCUGGUUGGUACUCUCUCAGCACUGUAUCCAGUCAAUUCUGCUCUGGGGACGUUUUGGAACCAGCGUCCUGCUAUCUACACAAUCCGCCGGAGCCUGAGCUAGUUAUCAAAUACGAGAAGGUCUUUGAUAAAUGUGCUAAUAAUUCGGUGGGCUUGCUCGUCGACUUGGACCUCACCGGUUCGCCACCAUUCCGUGUUCGAUACAGUGUCGAACACUCGAAAGGAGUUGAGACCAAGCUACAAACCAUUGAAGGGCUUCGCGCGCAACUUGAUUUCACGCCAUCUGAAGCGGGUUUCUACCGAUACCGUUUUCUGGAUAUCGCCGACGUUGUUUAUGCGCCCCGGUCUCUGAAAGACAAAGCGCCUGUCUUGGAGCAGGACGUGAAACCACCCGCCUCUGCUCAGUUCCUUGGAUCCAAGCAAAUGCGCAAGGCCUGCUUUGGUGAGCCGGUAUCUGUGGACGUUUCCUUCCUUGGCGAGUCACCAUGGACUCUGCAAUACGAACUUGUCCAUAAUGGCAAGAAAACCAAGCACGUUUUAGACAGCGACACCGAAAUUUCGACCAUUAUGACCGAGAGACUUGUUAGUGGCGGUGAAUAUAACCUUGUAUUGACAAGCAUCAAGGAUCGAUCAAAUUGCAAGCGUGUUCUUAAAGAUAGCAUAAAAAUCGAUGCCCGACCAAAGCCGCCUCAUGUCUCAUUUGGCCAAAUCGACCGCAAGAGAAGUGUGUCUGCUUUGCAAGACUCCAAGGUCGACCUGCCACUCAGAUUAAGUGGUGAACGGCCAUGGACAGUGAAAUAUAAGAACACGGCCGAGAGUUCUCCAGUCAUUGAAAAGACAUUCUGGGAAGAAAAUAGCAUAUUGACAGUGGCACACGAAGCACGUUACGAGCUUAUUGGACUGUCUGAUGGUUCUUGUCCUGGGUCCAUUGAUCAAACGGCCAAAACGUUUGACGUUUCUUGGAUACCACGACCCCAGAUAACGGCCGUGGAUAGCUCCCCUGUUGGAACAGCAGGACAUAUCGGGAAGUCUGAAGUGUGUCAAGGGGAUGACGACAGCAUUGAACUUCGGCUGUCAGGGAGUCCUCCGUACAGUAUUCGAUAUGAACAACAACGAAAGGCGGAUCGUGGUUCCUCCUCGGCCCGAGUACAUAGUUUGAAGACAGCGCUCAAUGUAGCCACCAUGGAAAUGGAUACCUCUGAGGCUGGUCUUUACACUUACAAGUUCACCGAGAUUGGUGAUAACCUUUACGACCAUGAUUCGAGAAAUCAUCCUGUUGUUGUAACACAACAGGUGAAUCGACUUCCAUCUGCGCGGUUCGAUUCUCCUGGCCAUAUCUACGGUUUUUGCAAAGAAGAUGUUAGCGGCGAAGAAGUUGUCCCCAUCACUCUCGAGGGAACACCCCCAUUUUCGCUGGAAAUCAACAUAAAACAUCAUUCAAACGCAAAGCCGGAAAUCGUGACCAUACCGAAUAUCAACACCAAUAGACAUAAUCUUCCCAUUCCACGACGCCAUUUAGAUCUGGGUCAACACGUUGUCAGUAUUCACAAAGUCCGGGACGCGCGAGGCUGUCAACGGACAACUGAACAUGAUGUGUCAUCUGUCAGAGUUGCUGUAUCUGAUGUGCCUGCGAUAGUUCCUCUCGAGUCCAAGGUCGACUAUUGCGUCGGUGAGCGGAUUUCUUUUUCCCUCUCUGGACAUGCACCUUUCGAUGUAUUUUAUACGUUCGGCGGGACUCAGAGAAAGGCCACUUCCCGGACGACCGAUUUCCGCCGAAUUGCAGAACGGCCAGGCGACUUCACUAUCACCGGCGUAAGCGACGGGGCCAGUGGAAAAUGCAAAGCUCAUAAAAACAUCACAAAAGCCAUACACGAGAUGCCGAGUGUCAGGAUCAGUAGAGGUCAAACAUCUAUUGUCGAUAUACACGAAGGCGGAGAGGCAGAACUCCAUUUUGAGUUCUGGGGAACGCCACCGUUUGAAUUCACGUACAUUCGGAGCUCAAAUGUCCGAAAAGGGAAGAAACCCGAGGUGCUUGACAUCAAGCAUGAUAUCUCUUAUGAGCAUUUCAAGACCAUAAAAACGUCUGACGAAGGCACAUACGAAGUUGUUGCUAUCAAGGAUCACUUUUGUUCAUUCUCUUCCCAGACACAGAUAGGAACACCUGAGAGGUCAAAGACAGGCUCUUAA